AACACAUCUAACUCCGCAAAAUCAGGAUGUGCGUCCGUCACAGAGGAGCAAGGAAUAGCUCUGCGCAGGCGUGGACAGGCGUCCAUGUUUCCACGGCAACAGUUUAGCAAACGAAACUUUCCUUCACAAUGAACGUCACAUCUUUCGAUGUAGAUAGCAGGUAAAACAGAAACAUUCAAUCCGGAGCACAUUCAGUGGGUUUCUAUACCAGACAUGAAAACGAUAGCCUCUGAGCAACGACGCCAUGACGAGCUCAACGGGCCUGAUCCACUGCAACAGACAAAAAUCAAAUUCAGCAUCAGCAGUGACUCAAUCGAUAGUCCAAGGAAUAAUAAUGUGCCUGCUUUACCGCUAACGUGGGACUCCUUAGAGUCAGAUACUGAGAGUUUGGCACAAGAGAAGGAGUACCAGCGAGAGCUCCAGAUGCGCAUUGACCUCCUCUCUGCUGACAACCCAAAACAACAUGAUGCCAAGACUGACAGUGAAGAACCAGAGCAUAUUGAUGUUUGUGAUAGUCUGGAUCUGAAACCAAGAGAGGUCAUAGGACCACACGAGCCACUGAGGCAAGCUCCCCCUGAAGAUGAAUACACCGACUUGCGUUACGACCCAAACUGGAGGAAGAAUCUGGAAGGGGCUCAUUUUCUCAACCAGCUAAGUGCGAGACUUUCUCUCAACUCAUUUGAGGAGUCCGAAGAUAGUCUUGAACCUUUGGAGAAUCUGCCUCUUAGUAGCAGGCAAGAAUAUGUCGUUGUCAGUAAUCCACCCACAGUCCAGAUGGACAAUGUUUUAUCCCCACCACCUUCAUCUCCUUUCCACCUGCACCCACAACAGGAAGACAUUCUCGAUCCCCCCGAAUCUAAAAGUUCUUGCAUGUCCUCCGAAGGCACACCAUGGGAUAACGAAGAGCAUCUGAAUGUCCGAUCAGUUCCUCAUUGGAAGAGAAGCUCACAACAUCCUUCUAAUCCAAGGCUAGUGAGAGCUAGGGAAGACAUUGUGGAACGUAACAAAGCAACUCUUGGUAUCCAUACACAUAAGCAGGGGUCUUACCUAAAAGUUCACCAGCAGAAAGACAAAACAGAGGAAACAAAGCAGCCCAAGCAAACCUCCUACAAGACUAUCAGCACUCAUAGCCCGGAGAGUCAAGACAAUGUCUGGGAUCUCGAGCUGAUGUGGCUCCAAAAAACACAAAAACUGAAGAGCCAUAAGGAAAAAAAGGAACGGAAGAGAAGGGAACGAACCAGCAACCACCCAGAUCAGCUCAAGCCUCCAGUUCCUGAAUCCAAACCCAAAGCGCACCUUACAGGGAGAAGUGUCAUUAGUUCAGAUCUUGUACCGCAGGACUCUGAGGAAGCUUGGACCCAGGACCCGCUACAACACCAUUCUGGACUUCCAUCUCACACUCAUGCUCCACCGACUGUCAACCUUAACAUAAACCUCCACACACCUGCUAAUCUCGCACAGCCACUGAAUCUUUCCCAGAAAGAGACCAUUUUUACUCUUGUUUCUCAAGCGCUGCAAUGGGAUAGGCCUGAUCUGUUUAACCAACUCUUUUUACAACAAGGUUAUCCAUUUUCCCCAUAUGCACCUCCUAAUUCAGUAGGGCAGAUGGGACUGGCUCCAAAAGCGGUUGUAUCUUCACCAGCCCCGAAGUCUGGAGUGGUACAAGCUGUGGACAUAAGUGUUCCUCAGAGGCAUGCUGGGAAACCCACUUCUAAUACAUUUGAGAAGUCAUCAUUCAGGAAUCACAGUAGGAUACCAACGCUAAAAUUGCCCACGUCUCCUCAAUUGGAGACCAGCCUCUAUCCAUCUGAGCUUUUGCCCAGUGAUGAGCAGAGCGUGGGACCCUGUGCGCCCCCAACACAAAUCUCUGGUCCUUACACAGUGCUGCCCCCUAUAGCCCGAGCUAUCGGCAGUGACGCUGAACUUUCAGAUAGAUCAGAGCAGCAUCUGAAUCCAAUCCACAAAAGCAGCUCAGAAGGUUACCUUUCACAGAUGGAAAAACAGAGACAGCUGAAGGCACAAUCAAAUUAUAAGGCUUAUUCACUGAAGGACUACAAAAACAUGAAACAGGAGGUGAGGCUUGGAGGUCUUGGACCAACAAACACAAUACCAGAAGCUGUGGCAGAGAAAAUUAGACGACAGAAGCUGUAUUCAAAUGUGAUCCGCGAACAGAACAAGAAGAUAAGUAGGAUUCCCUCUCUGUCGGCCAAGGACCCAGUGGGCAGUGACAACAAGGACAUCAUUCCCAGGAGGAAGGCUUUAGAAUAUGCCAAAACGAUUGCAAAGCCCAAACCCCCUCCAAAGCCAAAGGACAGAAGCAGAGAGCAGAACGUGAGCACACGGUUUGAAAUGGACCCAUUCCAUCUGGCCACUCUGGAGAUGCUGAGACGGCACGAGGAAGAGAAACGUGCCGUGGCUCGCUUCAGAACCAUUCAUGCUAUUUAAUUCUAAAAAGCACCCUGCAUACAUGAGUUUUAUCAGUUGCACUUCUAUAGAACCCUUAUUUUUCCUUGCUUUAACUUUGUGUGUACUGUAUAUAUGCAUACUGCUCAUUAUAAUCCCGCUCAGUUGCAAAUCACUGGAAGUGGAACAGGUGCGUAACAUGUAAUCCACUGCAUACUCAUUUCGAAAGCCAUUUUUUGAUCUAAAGAAAUCUCGAAUGAAAUGCUGUGGGGUUUUGUUGCUUGGCUUUGCAUUAUCCUGCUAUUUUCCCAUUGUUUCAAUAGAUCUGUGCACAAGAGCAAUCUCUUAAAGCACACCUGGAUGCACCGUU